AUGAAUUUUCUAUUUUUACUACUUGCAGCAUUCGUAGUAUUUCGUAAUGAAUAUCAAACAAUUCAUUUGAAAGACUUUCGUUGUGCUUUAAAUAAUGAGAAACUCUAUGAAAAUUCUUCGUGUUAUACUAAACCAGGCCGUGAUAAUUCUACAAUGUUGAGCUUUAAAGCUUGGUCAAAACGAGGUUUGAAUAGCUUAAACAUUAAGGCCAUUUUGAAGUAUAAAUACGAGACGACAUAUCGAGAAAUUCUACAUUCACCAAGAGUUGACUGGUGUCGGUUCAUAAAUGCAAAUACAGUUGCAAAUCGUUUGUUCUGGAUUGCAAUGGAUUUCAUGAAAGGUGAUGAUAAGUCAAUGAUGCAUCCAUGCCCUUAUUUUGACCUUGUUCAUGAAGAUGUAAAAGUUCCAAUGAAUAGAAUGAUCGCAAUUUUUCCACCAGGUGAAUAUAGGCUAAUUAUUCGUAUUGCUGAUAGUGAUAAUGAAGAAAUUUUGAUGGUUAAUGCGACAUACGCAGUUUUGCCAUCAAAAAAUUAAUGGAUGAACAGAUUAUGUAAUAUUUUAUUAAAAUCAAUUUUUUAUUCUACAAAAGUUUAAAUAAAAUUUAAUUAACACUUCCGCUACCUCUUCAAAACUUUAAUGAAUGUAUCUCGAGGAACUUGAAUAUUUGCAAUUUGUCUCAUUUUCUUCUUGCCUUCUGCUUGCUGUUUCAAGAGUUUUUUCCUUCUUGUCACAUCUCCACCAUAAAGCCAUUGAGUGACAUCCUUUCUGAAAGCUUUUAGUGUUUCUCUUGCAAUGACUUUACUUCCAAUGCACGCUUGUAUUCGGAUUUCAACCAUUUGACGAGGAAUCAAUUCCUUUAAUUUUGCAACUAAAUUUCUAGCAAUUUGAUCGGAACUUCUAACAUGACAGAUAUUUGAUAAUUCCUCAACAGGAGAUCCAUUGAGAAGAAUUUCCAAUUUUAUUAAAUGUGUACUGACGUAUUCAUGUUCUUCAAAGUCAAAUGAUGCAAAUCCACUUGAUAAGCUUUUAACUUGAUCAUGAAAGUCGAUGAUGACUUCAUUUAAUGGCAGGAUAUACUUUAACAAUAUUCUAUCGUGAUCCAAAUUGAUUGAUUUUAUCUGAACUCCUCGUUUCUCUACACAAAGUCCAAUAAUGGCACCAACAAAUUUAGCAGGGGUUAUUAAAGUUGCCAUUACUGUUGGUUCAAAAUACUCUUCAACAUGCUGUGGAUCUGGAAAAUGUUUUGGAUUUGAAAUUUCAAUCUGAUUCUUUCCAUUAUAAUGUUUCAAGACUCCUUUAAUAUCUUGAAUUUUCAUUUUGUAUGUAACAUUUGGAGCGGUAAUAAUGGGAGAUGAUUGAUGCUCUUGUUCAAGUCUCUGGACAAAAACUUCUAAAUGUAAGAGUCCUAAAAACCCAAGUCGAAAUCCAUGUCCAAGUGCAGGUGAUGUAUCAGGCUGAAUUGUGACGCAUGAGUCAUUCAAAACUAAUUUUUCAAUUGCACUUUUUAAUGCCAAGUGUUGUGACUGAUCUUGUGGAUAAAUUCCCGCAAAUACCAUUGGUUUAAGUUUUUUGAACACUUCAAGUGGUUGAACUGGAGUUCCUUUUAAAUAAUAAGUGUCUCCAAUAAUUGCUUCCUGGCUAUUUCUCAUGUUACAUCCAAUCAAACCAAUCUGUCCUGCAACAAGUCGGUCAACCUUCCUCUCUUCUGGUGUUAGAAUAGAAAGUGACCUUACAACAUAUCCCUUUCCAUUCUCACAUGACACAAUUUCUUGGUCAACAGUGAUUUCUCCAUCUUUAAUGAACAUUAAGUUAAGUGCUCCUCGAUAUUUAUCGUACCAGCUGUCAAAUAAAUGAGCUCGAAACGGCAAAUCCUUUGAUGAUAUUGGAGGAGGAAUUUUCUUGCAGAUAUGUUGAAGGACUUUAUCAAUUCCAAUUCCUAAUUUUGCGGAAAUCUUUAAAACAUCAUCUGGAUCAAUAUUUAACAUCAUUAGAAGAUCCUCUGUAACUCUUUCUGGAUGUGCAUUUUUUAAAUCAAUUUUAUUUAUGACUGGUAUAAUUUUGAGAUUUUUUGAUGUUGCAAGAUGAUAAUUGGCAAGAGUUUGUGCCUGAAUUCCAUGAUUUGCAUCGACAAGUAACAAUGCACCUCUUGAUGCUGAUAAGCUUCUAGCAACUUCAUUACCAAAAUCUACAUGACCUGGUGUGUCAAUCAAAUUUAAAAGAUAAACUUCAUUUUCAUAUUUAUGAAUUAAUGAUACACAAUUAGCUUUCACAGUAAUUCCUCUUUCCUGUUCAACUUCCAGCGUAUCCAAAACUUGUGUCUUCCCACUUCCUUUCUUUAAAGCGCCAGUUACUUCCAUUAAUCGAUCUGAUAAUGUACUUUUUCCAUGAUCAACAUGUGCGAUUAUUGAAAAAUUCCUAAUAUUUUCAGUUUUGACAUUUAUAUAGUUGUUAAUAUCAUCGUUUAAGUCUUCAUAUGAUGAAUACUUCCUAGUUAUUCCUAUUAGUCUUUGAAAGGAUCUAUUAUGAGUUCUUAAAAUUAUUUUCAACAUUUUUCUUUGAAAUUUUCACUAAUUUGACAUUGUUACUGCGAU